CAUUUUUCGUUUAUUCUCUCUCUACUCUCUCUACUCUCUCUCUCUCUCUCCUUGUUUCUCUCUUUCCGGUGACAGUAGGGCUUCUUCUAUCUUACGCUUUCGCACUCGUGUUUUCUCCGCGGCGCACGUUAACCACGCCGUUCUCUAUCUUGAGCUCCCGGAGGGUUAGGGAGAGACGCUCUAGGGUUUGGGUUCCGAUUAAAAUAAAUCAUUUUUCUGUGAGAUCCGUCGAAGGGGAACAGAAUUUGAUUCGAUAUUUUGGGCGGGCGGGAGCAGAAAGCUAGGGUUAGGGUUUUUGAUGCGUUGGCAGAUAUCAGAGCCGGCUAAUUUGAUCGUAGUGUGGGUCGGACGCGUGAGAUGGCUAAUCCCGGAGUCGGGGCCAAGUUUGUAUCUGUGAAUCUGAACAAAUCAUAUGGGCAGCCUUCUCACCAUCAUCGCCAUCCACCGCACCAUAGCCCUUACGGGUCGAACAGGGGGAGGCCAGCUAGUCAUGGCAGCGGAGGAAUGGUGGUCCUUUCGAGGCCUCGCAGUGCGAACAAAGCUGUUGGGUCGAAGCUUUCUGUUCCACCCCCCUUGAAUCUGCCUUCAUUGCGCAAAGAGCAUGAGAGAUUUGAUUCGUUGGGCUCAGGUGGUGGUCCCACUGGUGGAGGGGCUGCAGGUAGUGGGGCGAGGCCUACUUCGUCUGGUGUGGGGUGGACAAAGCCUACUGCUGUUGCUUUGCAAGAGAAAGAAGUGGAUGGUGAUCAUGGAGGAGCUGAGGCAAAUGACCAGACUUUGCAUGGUGUUGAUGGGGUGAGUAGAGGGAACAGUGUGGGGAGCAGUGUUUAUAUGCCACCUUCAGCUCGGCCUGGCUCGGUGGGACCUCUCCCUAUUCCUGCUCCAACAUUUCAACCGGCAGAGAAAGCACUGCUGUUGAGGGGUGAAGAUUUCCCUUCUUUGCAGGCUGCUUUGCCUUCUUUGUCAAGGCCUUCACAAAAGCAAAAGGAGGGUUUGAAUCUGAAACAGAUGCAAGCUGUCCGUGAUGAAUUGUUGAAUGAGCAGAGGGAUAGUACUCAUUCUCGUUUGCUUGUUGACAUGCGGCCUCAAUUGCAGACUUCUCGUCGUAGUGUACAGAAUGAGAAUGGCAGUGAAUGUAAGGGUUUGGGUGGUGAUCGAGCAUCAGAGCAAGUAAAGAAGCAGGAUGAGUAUUUUCCAGGUCCACUACCACUAGUUCGGUUGAACCCAAGAUCAGAUUGGGCGGAUGAUGAGCGUGAUACAAGUCAUGGUUUCGCAGAUCGGGGCAGAGAUCAUGGGUUCUCAAAAACUGAAGCUUGUUGGGAUAGAGAUUUUGAUAUGCCCAGAAUAAGUGUUCCACCACUCAAGCCAGUUCACAACCCUUUGGAGAGAUGGGGUCUGCAUGACAAUGAAGCUGGAAAGGUUUCUACCAGCGAAGUCCCAAAGGUGGACUCGUACAGCAGAGAUGCAGGAACACCUAGUAGAGAAGGAAGGGAAGGGAACUCAUGGAGAAAUACCACAUUUCCAAAAGAUGGAAAUAGUGGUCAAGUUGGAAAUGACCGAAAUGUUUUUGAUGCAAGGGCUUCGAGUUUAUACAGAGAAACAAGCAAGGAUAGUAAGUAUAGUCUGACAUCUGUUCAAGAAAAUGCUCAAGAUAAUUUUGUAAGGAGGGAUGGGUAUAGACAAGGAGGUAGACAGCCUUGGAACAAUUCUACAGACUCAUAUACAAGCAGAGGGCCUGAAUGGAAUAAACGUGACCGGUAUGGCAGUGAACAACAAAAUAGAUACAGAGGUGAUGCUUUACAGAAUAGCUCAGUGUCCAAACCCUACACUGCAGGUGGUAAAGGGCUUCCCAUCAAUGAUCCACUGCUUAAUUUUGGAAGGGAGAAGCACCCAUUUUCAAAGAGUGAAAAACCUUAUGUAGAGGAUCCUUACAUGAAAGACUUUGGAGGUACUGGUUUUGACAGCCGGGAUCCCUUCUCUGCCGGUCUUUUUGGAGUGGUUAAGAAGAAGAAAGAUGUGGUUAAACAAACUGAUUUCCAUGACCCUGUUAGGGAAUCUUUUGAGGCUGAACUUGAGAGAGUUCAGAAAAUGCAAGAACAGGAGCGACAGAGGAUCAUUGAGGAACAAGAAAGAGCUUUGGAGCUAGCUCGAAGAGAAGAAGAGGAGAGAAUGCGGAUGGCUAGGGAACAAGAAGAAAGGCAGAGAAAGAUGGAAGAAGAAGCUAGGGAAGCAGCGUGGAGAGCAGAACAAGAACAACUUGAUGCCAUGCGAAGAGCUGAAGAGCAGAGAUUAGCUAGGGAAGAGGAGAAACAGAGGUUGUUUUUGGAGGAAGAAAGGAGGAAGCAUGCUGCUAAGCAGAAGCUUUUAGAAUUGGAGGAAAGGAUUGCGAAGAGGAGGGCUGAAACAGGAAAGACUGGUGGUAAUUCUGUGGCUGAUGCAGAUGAGAAAAUGUCUAGGAUGGAGAAAGAAAAAGAUGUCUCCAGGGCAGCAGACAUGGGUGACUGGGAGGAUGGUGAAAGAAUGGUGGAGAGGAUCACAGCCUCGGCAUCUUCUGAUUCAAGUUUGAACAGGUCCUUUGAGAUGGGUUCUAGGUCUCAUUAUUCUAGAGAUAGUUCUCCUUUUGUGGACAGGGGAAAGUCCGUUAAUUCCUGGAGAAGAGAUGUAUAUGAGAAUGGGAACAGCUCAAGCUUACUUCUGCAAGACCAGGAUUUUGGCCAUCAUAGUCCCAGACGAGAUUCAUCUGUUGGUGGGAGAGCUCCUUUAAGGAAAGAGUUCUAUGGAGGCAGUGGAUUCAUGUCUUCUAGGACUUACCACAAAGGGGGGAUUGCUGAACCUCACAUGGAUGAUAUCACUCAUUUAGGGGGGCAGAGGUGGCACCUUUCUGGCAAUGGGGAUCAUUAUAGCAGAAACAUGGAGAUUGAGUCUGAAUUCCAUGAUAACCUUGUUGAAAAGUUUAGUGAUGUUGGAUGGGGGCAGGGGCAUGUCCAUGGCAAUCCUUAUUCUCCUUACCCUGAACAGUUGUAUCCAAAUUCUGAUGCAGAUGGGCCUUAUUCCUUUGGUAGGUCACGGUAUUCCAUGAGGCAGCCUCGUGUUCUUCCACCGCCAUCACUAGCUUCCAUGCACAAAUCCUCCUACAGGGAUGAAGUUGAGCGUCCUGGCCCCUCAGCUUUUCUAGACAAUGAGAUACAGUACAAUCAAGCAGGUAGAGGUGAACCUACCAUGCAGACAAGGCAUGAUACUAAUCGUCCUGAGAAUAUUGGACAACCUGAAAUAAUUAAUGUCAAACAAGAAAACACGGGGAGUGAGAAUCGUAAACUGGACAGUAUCACCAGCCCAAGGUGUGACUCACAAUCAUCUCUUUCUGUGUCUAGCCCCCCUAGUUCUCCAACUCAUCUUUCUCAUGAUGACUUGGAUGAGUCUCGAGAUUCUUCAGUGUUAUCUGCCCCAGGAGACAGCAAAGAGGUCCCCUUAUCUGGGCCGGAGAGUGAACCUCUCGUAUUACCUACCAAUCCUGGACAAGAGAAUGUGAUGAAUGCUUCUAGUUCUAUCUCAACUGGUGAUGAUGAAGAAUGGGCUGUUGAGAACAAUGAGCAUCUUCAGGAGCAAGAAGAAUAUGAUGAAGAUGAAGAUGGAUACGAGGAGGAAGAUGAAGUGCAUGAAGUAGAUGAUGAGAAUAUUGAUCUAACCCAGGAGUUCGACGACAUGCAUUUAGAGGAGAAAGGAUCCCCUGACAUGGACAAUUUGGUCCUAGGCUUCAAUGAAGGUGUUGAAGUUGGAAUGCCAAAUGAUGAGUUUGAGAGAAGUUCAAGGAAUGAUGAAGGUACAUUUGUGGUACCUAAGGUUUCAUCUGGAACUGUUGAAGAACAGGGGUCAUUUGAUGGAAUUCGUGCUCAUGAACUGACCCUUCAACCUAUGGAUGGGUCCAACCAAGUGAAUGUAGGUAGUUCUUCCAGAUUGGUCCAAGAAACUGAGAAGGCAAUGCAGAAUUUAGUUAUCCAGCCUAGUAAUGUCUCUCAUAUGUCAGCUGAAACUGAACGUGAACAUGUGGAUGCUUCUAGUACUUCUGGGCUAUCUUCUCAGCAUCCAGUUACAUCUUUGGUUAGCUUUACCUCCCAUUUGUUGUCCAGUCAAGCUGCCAAGCCUACAGUAUCUUCUGUUCCGAAUCAGACAGAGGGACCUGUUAAGCUUCAGUUUGGGCUGUUUUCCGGUCCAUCUCUGAUACCAUCUCCGGUCCCAGCUAUACAAAUUGGUUCUAUACAGAUGCCUCUUCCUCUGCAUCCUCAGGUUGGUCCGUCUCUCGCCCACAUGCACCCGUCACAGCCACUCUUCCAGUUUGGUCAGCUAAGGUAUACAUCUCCUAUCUCCCAGGGAGUACUGCCAAUGGGUCCUCAAUCAGUGUCUUUUGUUCAGCCCAAUCUCCCAUCCGGUUUUUCAUUGAAUCAGAGCCCAGGAGGCCCUCUGCCUAUUCAAACUGGCCCAGGAACUUAUCAAAUUACUAAAAAUGAUGCUACGUUGAGUUCAGUGAAUAAUAAUCAACCUGGAGUUACUUCGAGGCUUUUGGGUGCAUCUCAAGAGAAUGUAUCAGAAAAGAUAAAUUCAAUGCCCACUGGAGGAACUGCUGAAACCUCUGACAUGGUGCAACGGGGACCAGCAGUAUCCCGUAUUAGCGAUAGCAGUUCAAGAUCUGAGUCUUUUGAGGGGGAAGACCAGAGAAACAAUAACUCGGUUGGGAAAAACUUCAGUGGUUUUCUUGGUACUCGGGAAUCUCAAGGUCAGGCUCAAACUGGAGCAGCGCCAUCUCAGUUAAUUAUCAAAGACAAAGAUUUUAGUGGGCCAAGGGCCCAUGGCCCAACAUCUGGUGGCAGAGGAAGAAAAUAUGUGGUUACAGUUAAGAAUUCUGGCUCUAGAUCAUUUCCAGUUGCUGAGCCUACCCAUUUAGAAUCUAGUGGGUUUCAGAGGAGACCUCGACGCAAUAUGCAGCGAACUGAGUUUCGAGUUAGAGGAAGUGCUGAUAAGAGGCAAUAUACAGGGUCUGUAUCUUCCAACCACGUUGGACUGGACGAGAAAUAUGUCUCUGGAAGGGGUUUUGGGCCUUCUGUAAGAAGUGGGCCUAGGAGGGUUGUUAUGUCAAAUAAACCAUCAAAACAGAUGUUAGAUUCAGAGGGCUUGAGCCCAGGUCCACUUAAUUCACUAGAAAUAGAAUCUGGGAGCAAGGCUGAAAAGGGAGCUGGAAAAGAUGCUUUGACAAGGAGUCAGAAUGUCCUGCAAUCUGGAGAGGGAAAUCUUAAAAGAAAUAUUCAUUCUGAAGAAGAUGUGUAUGCUCAUUUGCAAAGUGGCUUUGUGCGUGUCUUUGAGCAACCUGGCAUAGAGGCUCCUAGUGAUGAAGAUGAUUUCAUUGAAGUGAGAUCAAAGAGGCAAAUGCUGAAUGAUCGGCGUGAACAGAGAGAAAAAGAAAUCAAGGCAAAGUCUCGGGCCUCAAAGGUUCCACGAAAACCUCGUUCUACUUCAAAAAGUAGUACUGCCUCUGCCAACUCAGGUAAAAAUUAUGCAGUGGCAAAUGGAGAAGCAGGAAACAGCAGUCACUCUGAUUUCGUUGCCUCUGAGGGACGUGGAUUGGUUAAUAUGGAAGUAUCAGCUGGUCUUAACACUAAUGUAGUGUCUCAACCGUUGGCUCCAAUUGGCACUCCUGCUGUAAAAAGUGAUGCCCAGGCUGAUAUUAGAUCCCACACAAUCAGGUCACUGAACACAAGCUCCCUUCCUGUAGUAUCAGGUAGUGAGAAAAAUCUUGGGCGCAGCUCAAUUGUUGACAACAAGAGUAAGGUUCUGGACAAUGUUCAAGCAUCUUUGGAUGCAUGGGGUAAUUCACGGAUCAAUCAACAGGUUAUAUCCUUGACACAGACCCAACUUGAUGAGGCUAUGAAGCCUGGGCAAUUUGGCUCUCAUGGUUCUGUUGGAGAAAUUACUAGCUCAGUUUGUGAAUCCAGCAUGCCAUCUUCAUCAAUCUUGACAAAGGAGAAGCCAUUUUCUUCUGCUGCAAAUCCAAUCAAUUCCCUGCUUGCUGGCGAGAAAAUCCAAUUUGGUGCUGUCACGUCUCCAACAAUACUUCCUCCUAGUAGCCGCUCUAUUUCACAUGGAAUUGGUCCACCAGGACCAUCUCGGUCUGACAUGCAACUAUCCCACAAUCUUUCUGCAGAUGAAAAUGAUUGUGGUCUUCUCUUUGAGAAAGAGAAACACACGGCUGAGUCUUGUGUUCAUUUGGAAGAUUGUGAAUCAGAAGCUGAAGCAGCUGCUUCAGCUGUUGCUGUUGCAGCCAUCAGCAGUGAUGAAAUUGGUGGGAAUAGUUUGGGUGCUUGCUCUGGUUCGGUUGCAGAUAUUGAUGGGAUAACAGCAGCUGGAGCCGGUGAUCAGAAAUUUGCCAGUCAAUCAAGGGCCAAACAGUCUCUAAGUGUGUCCCUUCCAGCGGAUUUAUCUUUGGAGACCCCACCAAUCUCAUUAAGGCCACCUUUACCAGUAGGUGGAGCUGGUGAUCAACAAUUAACCAGUCAAUCGAGGGCUGAAGAGUCCCUCAGUGUAUCCCUUCCAGCAGAUCUAUCUGUUGAGACCCCACCAAUUUCGUUAUGGCCACCCUUACCGAGUCCUCAGAAUUCUUCAGGCCAAAUGCUUCCACAUUUUCCUGGUGGCCCACCUUCCCAUUUUCCCUUUUAUGAGAUGAAUCCCAUGAUGGGGGGUCCUGUUUUUGCUUUUGGACCACAUGAGGAGUCUGCAUCUACUACCCAAGCACAAUCGCAAAAGACUAGUGCACCAGUUUCAGCGCCACUUGGAACUUGGCAGCAAUGCCAUUCCGGGGUAGAUUCAUUCUAUGGUCCUCCUGCGGGUUUUACUGGUCCUUUUAUCAGUCCAGCUGGAGGCAUACCAGGUGUUCAAGGCCCUCCACACAUGGUUGUCUAUAACCAUUUUGCGCCUGUAGGACAAUUUGGACAAGUUGGCUUGAGUUUCAUGGGUACUGCUUAUAUUCCAUCAGGAAAGCAGCCUGAUUGGAAGCACAACCCUGCAUCUUCCUCCAUGGGUGUUGGCGAGGGGGAGAUGAACAGUAUAAAUAUGGUUUCUGCACAGCGCAAUCCUACCAACAUGCCUGCUCCGAUCCAGCAUUUGGCCCCUGGGUCACCACUACUUCCCAUGGCUUCACCAUUGGCCAUGUUUGACGUUUCUCCUUUCCAGCCUUCUGAUAUGUCAGUUCAAGCACGGUGGCCCCAUGUUCCUGCAUCAUCUCUUCAGUCUGUUCCUCUAUCAAUGCCAAUGCAGCAACAGGCAGAUGGUAUGCUUCCUUCUAAAUUUAGCCAUGGUCCUACUGACCAAUCAUUGCCAGCCAACAGGUUCCCCGAGUCGCGGACUUCUACAUCCUUUGACAGCAGUCGUAGUUUUCCUGUAGCGACUGAAGCCACUUCCACCCGAUUUCCAGAUGAACUGGGUUUAGUAGACCCUACAAGCUCCGGCAGCACUGGGGCUUCAACACAGAAUGUUGUCACUAAGAGCUCAUCUGUGAGUAGCACCAUAGAUAAUGCCAAGACUGAUGUUGAUCAGAAUCUCGGUACCAGUUCUAGUGGACAUAACGCAAGUUCUAACGCCAAGUCACAGUCUUCUAUGAACAAGAGUAAUAUCCCUAACCAGCACUAUGGCCAUUCAUCAUAUUAUCAGAGAGGUGGUGGAUCGCAGAAAAAUAGUUCAGGCGGUGACUGGUCCCACCGAAGAAUGGGGUACCAAGGAAGGAAUCAGUCUCUGGGUGCUGAAAAGAGCUUCCCAGCUACUACUAAGAUGAAGCAAAUAUACGUGGCUAAACAGACCUCAAGUGGGAGUUCAACAGCCUCGUGAGGAGCCACAUAAAAUUAGUUGCCGCUUGCUGGGUUCAAGAAAAUGACUGCAGGUUGAAACAGUGGUUCAGGAAUAAAAGAUUUUUGGUUUCUUUUUUUCGCAGCAUCUGUUGCACCGGUAGGUGCGGUGUCUAGUAUUUAGAUUGAGAUUUUGUUGAGAGAGAUGUAGGUGCUAGGGUAUGCUGGUUUUCCCAACGAAGGUUUGCAAAAACUGGCAGCACGCAGGUGAUAUGAUGCGAAAUUUUGGGCCUGCCUGGUACUGCUUUAGAGGCAAAAGGGGACGAUUUUGAAGUACUAGUUCUUGUUGACAAGGCAACUUUGUGAUACUAUUUUCAGUUGUGGUCCGUCGAUCGGGUUUCGUUGUUUGAAAUCUUUGUUGGCUGCAAACCGAAGUGUCAAUUUAUUGGAGAAUUUGAUGUAGUAAAAAACAAACACUGUUAUAAUCCAGGUAAAAUUCUUUUUGCAAUUCUGGUAAAUGAUAGAUGUGGCCUCCUAGGGAUGUGUUUUCCCUCCUCA